AUGGAAAAACUUAGCUUCUCCUCCUUCUUCCUCCUCGUCCUCCUCUCCAUUUUCUCCCUCAUCGCCGCCGGCAGCGCCCGGCCAGUUCAGAGAUGGCCUUACUCUCGCGCCAGAACGUACGUCGAAUCUCAGUGUCGGCGCACACUAUACCCGAAACUGUGCGUUUCGGGUCUCGCCGGUAACGUGAACCCCACAUCGCAAUCGCCACAGGAGCUAGCGCAAGUGGCGCUAAAGGUGAGUCUGGUUAGGGCACGCUACGCGAGCGCCUACAUGGCCAAAGUAAGCAGAGAUCUGAAGCCCAAGGAAUACCGGGCCGCCGUUCGCGAUUGCAUAAAUCAAAUCGAAGGCGGCGCUUCGCAGCUGGCCAGGGCGGUGAAGGAGCUCCGACGGCUAAAAAACUUUGACGGCGAAAACGCUUUCGUUUGGCAUCAGAGCAACGUCCAGACAUGGCUGAGCACAAUGGAAACCAACGCCUUCGCUUGUAUGGAUGGAAUCUCAGGGUACAGAAUGGGCGGUAGGGUUAGGAGAGUUAUUCAAGCGAAGGUUCUUAACGUUGCAGAAUCCACCAGUAUCGCCCUCGCCAUGUUUAACCACUUCGCUGCUACACAAAGAGCCUCGUUCUCCAAGAACAAACCCUAAUUAGUUACAUUUCAAUUCAUUAUUUGUUGUUU